UUAGUUUUUUUGUGUGGUUGUUCUUCAUGCAUUUUCUUUUCUUUUAAUAAUAAAAAAUGAACCAUUUUCAUUUGAGCACCUUGCAGACAUUCAUUUUGUUUAUGGUCUGGCUGAUGGAAACGCGCUUGAAGCUUGUAGGAUGUACCAUCGUGCCGAAAAAAAAAAACUGGGACAUUAAAAUUUAGAACAACAAUGGCCUUAAUUAAAGAAAAUAUCUGUAUAUAAUACCAGACGGGCAUUUUUUUUGUGUAAAUACCAAUACAAAGCGAAAAAAAUGGCAAACACAGCGCACCUGGUGCGUAGGCAGAGUUCGAGAGAUCUCAACAGCCAAAGGUCAAUAGAUCGUUUGGAAUUGAAAGAGAUGAAAGGGCGUUUAAUGCCUAUAGAAAAUGGCGGUUCUGGCAGUUAUGGUGCAACGAAUAUAGCUUUUGAUGAUAGCAGUCCUGGCGCCAAAAUUAAGUCUAGUUGUAGCAGUAAAAGAGGAUCUCAGGAUGGUAAAGCAAUCUUUAAACCAGACUGCGUAGAAGAAGAAAGAGAAUCAUGGGACAGCAAACUGACCUUCUUGCUCGCCACUGUCGGAUACGCCGUGGGUCUUGGCAAUGUCUGGAGGUUUCCAUAUCUCGCCCAAAAAAAUGGCGGAGGAGCCUUUUUGAUUCCUUAUUUCGUUAUGCUGGCUAUCGAGGGUAUUCCCAUCUUCUAUCUGGAACUCGCCAUAGGACAAAGAUUAAGAAAAGGUGCUAUCGGAGUUUGGAAUCAAGUUUCACCUUAUUUAGCUGGUAUUGGUAUAAGUAGUGCAUUCGUAUCAUUUAAUGUGGCUCUGUAUUAUAAUACGAUUAUCGCGUGGUGCCUGUUUUACUUCGUCCAGAGUUUUCAAUCGCAGUUGCCUUGGGCGGAAUGCCCCAACGUUUAUUUUGCUAAUGGAUCGUACGCUACUGAGCCUGAAUGCCUGGCGAGCAGCCCUACUCAGUACUUCUGGUACAGAACGACCCUAAUGAUAUCAGAGGAUAUUAACACCCCCGAGGCGUUCAACUGGAAAAUUGCCCUAUCACUCGUCGUCGCAUGGAUUUUGGUAUAUUUGUGCAUGAUAAAAGGCAUCGCUUCCUCUGGCAAAGUCGUCUACGUAACCGCGACCUUCCCCUAUAUCGUUUUGAUUAUAUUCUUUUUUCGCGGAAUCACGCUUAAGGGAGCAGCGGAUGGGCUGAGACAUCUGUUUACACCCUCCUGGCAUAUUAUUUUGGAUCCGGUUGUAUGGCUGGAGGCCGGAACGCAGAUUUUCUUCUCACUUGGUCUGGCGUUUGGGGGAUUAAUUGCGUUUUCGUCCUAUAAUCCGGUGAACAAUAACUGCUAUAGAGAUGCCAUAAUGGUCUCCCUAACGAAUUGCUUCACGUCAAUGUUUGCCGGAAUCGUCGUAUUUUCGAUAAUUGGCUUUAAGGCUACCAUGACGUACGAGAAAUGCCUGAUUGAUAGAAACAAGACCUUAACGGACCUUCUGGGGUCGCACUAUCCCGAAACUAAACUCGCUUUUCCGAAAGUCGGAUCGAUUUUCAAUUUUACCGAUGCCAACGGAACGCUGAGGAGCGUUUUAAUGCCCGCUCUACAGGUGUGCGAUUUACAGAAAGAGCUUGAUAAUUCUGCUUCUGGAACCGGCCUGGCAUUCAUAAUAUUCACCGAAGCCAUAAAUCAAUUUCCCGGCGCCCAAUUCUGGUCCAUACUGUUCUUUCUGAUGCUUUUUACUUUGGGGAUCGACUCCCAGUUCGGCACCCUGGAGGGAGUUGUAACUUCAAUCGUAGAUAUGAAACUUUUUCCCAAUCUACCCAAAGAAUUUCUAACCGGCGGCAUAUGUUUGAUUUGCUGUUUAUUAUCAAUGAGUUUUGCACAUGGAGCCGGCAGUUAUGUCUUUGUCCUGUUUGAUAACUUCACCGGAAACUUUCCCCUGUUAAUCAUUGCCUUUUUUGAGUGUAUUGGCGUUUCCUAUGUUUAUGGCCUAAAAAGGUUUGCAGAUGAUAUUGAAAUGAUGACAGGGUCCAGACCUGGGUUAUAUUGGCUAAUUUGUUGGAAAUAUUUGUCACCUUUAGCGAUGAUUUCUAUAUUGGUUGCCAGUUUUGUGGAAAUUGCUGUGGAUGGAUCUGGAUAUGACGCAUGGGUAUCACAGAAAGGCACCACCGAGAAACAUCAUUGGCCAGUUUGGGCCAUUGUACUCGUUUGUUUUUGUAUAUUGGUAUCGAUAUUAUGGAUACCCGGAGCUGCUAUAGGAAGGCUCUUUGGCUACGUUCUAAUUGACGACAAUGAAAAAGCAUGGUUCCCAGCCAGCGAACUCAAAGAUUUCCACGGUAUUAUGCCACAUGAAAUAAGUACUGCCGAAACAUUACUCUUUUGCAUAAGACCUGACGGCUCAGAGGGUCUAUGCUGUCCUACUUACCAUUCUUAUGACGAUGUAGUUGAAGACGAGUAGGGUUUUUAAUAUCCGUUGAAGAAUUUUAAAAACAAUAAAAAAUUGGAUUAAACUGGAAAAACUUUGACAUUAUACGCAAAUGUUUUUUGCCAAAAUUUUAUUGUUUCUAGGAUUUCAAAGGUGGAUAAAGUGUUCAUAAUAAGGUAAAACUGGAUGAUAGUACCUUUCCCGAUAUAUUACAGGAUAAAUAUUUGAUAUUUUGUAUGGGAAUUAGUAAGAUAAGAUUUUGCAGCUAGUUAUACAUAUAUGUGACGCCGCACGAAGAAACCCAUCCAAGUGUCCAUAGAAAAGUUUUACUGGACGGCCGUGAAAAAAUCGCAUGAUUUCUCGAACGAGAAUAUUCGAAGAGACCGGCUGUACACACACAAUGAAAUGAAUUUUAUUAUCUCUGUUAUUUCAAGUAUAAAAUAAUGAAUUUAAAAUAAAAAAAUUUGAUUUUUGGACACUUGGCGGACGUCACAUAUUUCCCUUUUUCCUGAUAAUCGGGUGGUUUUAUAAAAGGUACAGUUAACUAUCUGGUGUAAUUAACUAAAAUAUCUAUUAAGCCUUAAUGUUAGGAGUUUGACAAUAAGCAAAUAGCAAAAUUUGAGUUUUCCUUAGUGAUCUUCGACCAUUAGUAAAAGUAGAUAGCAAGCAAAAGUACAUAACUAAAAGCAAUAUUGAUAUUCCGAAUGAACCAUCUCUCACAUAACUCUCUUUAGUUAUUCCUGUAAACAUAUUACAUAUAUUAAUGUCAGUAUUUUUACAUAUCGCAAAAGCAAAUAUAUCAAAAGAAUUUUGACAUAUCUAGAAUUAUCUUAAAAAACAUAUUGCUAUUUUAAUAAAGUCCAGAAUGUUUACUUGCCGUCUUGAUGUGAUGAAAUUAUUUAUUAAAUGGUCCUACAAAUUCAAGUGUUGGGACAAAUGUUUGAAAUUUUUACAAAUAAAUUACUAGAAAUACGUCAAUGGGCAUAUAAGGGGUGUUCCAUAAAUAGUGGUAAAUAGUUUAACAGCAGAUUCGUUUUGAAAAAAAAAUGAGGCUAAUUACAAUUUUCCCAGUCCGAAAGUCAAAUACAACCAAGAUACAGGAUGAGAAACUUAACGUCAUUUUUUUGAAUUUUGGCCAAAAAUUUAGCAUUAAUUGUUCGUUUUUAAUAAAAUUUGAAAUAUGAUUUUCUUUUUCUAUGGCAAAUCUUAAAAC